GUAAGAGCUUUUCGACCUGUCUGGUUAUCAGGUUAUUAUUCCCAUCACAACACCGCUGAUAAGCAAACCCGGCGCCUACUACUUGCUUGACCGCUCCGGGUGAUACUGCAUUCGCGGGCAAAGCUCCAACAAUUAUCACCCACCUGUCCAAAGGGAGAGUCUUUUGGCAGACGAUGCUCAGUGUCCGAGUUGUCGAGUUGACGAACCAGUUAGACGGGCGAUUGGCAUUGCUUUCGGGGCGUUUAAAAGUGCGCACCUCACCCACCUCGACUGCGUGCAGUAGUUUAAAAAUAACAUCGCGGGGCCUAAUACAAGCGAAAACAUUCUCGAUAAGGAAAGGCGAGGCGAAACAGUUGCGCCGCAAACUUCGGACCGGGAACAACGCAUAGCCGUAGUGAGCUCAUUCCGGCGGAAGCCCUCCCCACAACAACACCACGAAAUGCCCGAUAACAGCAACAAGUUCUGCGCCUCCAACGAUGUCCGCAUUCCGGCCUGGAUCAACGAGGCCUACUUUAAGAGGCUGCUCAAACGGGAAUUUCGCGAAUUUCGGCGCAUCCUGAACCUCUCGAUUAUUCCAGCCACUCCGCCCGGAGAGACCUACACUUCACUUCUGAUGCGCAUUGUCAUUGACAUCGAGAUGAAAGAUGGAUUCUCACAGCAAAAGUCGUACAUAGUAAAGACCAUGCUGGACGAUGCCCGGGGAAAUGGUGGCUUUGUGAACACCCUCAAUAUAUUUCCCAAGGAGAAGAUGAUGUACGAUACGAUCAUACCGCAGUUGGAACUUCUCUACGAGCAGGCUGGAUUGAGUGUGAAAUUCGCACCCAAGUGCCACUGGUCGGAGGAAAUUAAUGGACGGAUAUGCAUGGUCCAGGAGGAUCUGCAAACGAAGAAAUAUAGGAACAUCAGCCGCCUCAAAGGCUUUGACCUGGCUCAAAUGCAACGGGUGCUAGAGAAGUUGGCCGAAUUCCAUGCUGCGAGUGCUGUUUGGCGUCAACGGAAUGGAGACUUUUCGGAGGAGUUUCAACGAAUCUACCUGCCAGCCAACUACAAUCGAUCCAAAUCGUAUCAGGCAAGGAUACAGAGUUAUAAGACAGCCAUGGCCAGUUGGGGUCUGCAAGAUCACGAGCACUACGUGAGUCGCAUCCCUACGGCCGAUCAAUUUGUGCAAGCCUAUGCCCGCUGCUACAGCACCAACCCGCAUGAGUUCAAAGUUCUUAAUCACGGCGAUUUCUGGUCCAGUAACAUAAUGUUGAACUACACUCAAUCUGGAGAUAUCAACCAAGUUCGUUUUGUGGAUUUCCAGCUGUGCAAAUGGGGCAGUCCAGCCCAGGAUUUAUGGAACUUUAUUAUUUGUUCCGCCAGACAUAGCAUAAGGAUCCAGAAUUUUGACUUUUUUGUGAGAAUUUAUCAUACACAUCUGGUGCACUGUUUGAAAAUUCUGAAGUAUAACGAGAGAAUGCCAAUGCUUAGAGAACUGCAUAUGAGUAUGAUCAAAUAUGGCUUUUGGGGUUACUUUACGACCUUCACUCAUUUGGUGUUUAUUCUGCUACCCGUGGACACGGAGGCCAGUUUGGUUAAACUUACGCAGCCGGGAGAGGAAGGAGAUCAAUUCCGAUCCAAGGUCUACACAAAUCCCCUGUACGUACGAGCUGCCCUCAGUAUAUUCCCCUUCCUCUACAGGCGUGGUAUUCUAGACUUUUAAAACUUUUCUACCUACCUAUAUAAGGACUGUUAUAUCCUAAAGAAUUUAAACCCUUUAAAACUAGAUGUUUCGGACAAUAAUUAAUAACAAUUCCGCAAUGUUUAAGGUUUUUUAGAAACUUUUAGACCAAUUUUGACUAAGUUACAAUAAAAUAUAUGUUCGAUCUUUUAUAUAUAAACAAACACUUAAAAUACAAAGCCAG